CACACUCUGCUCGAGACCUGCGUCCACACCGGAGCUGCUCUCUGCCCUGGAAGAGUGUGAGCAGACCCCCGACAGUUGUGCUGCCCCUCGCCACAAGAUGGGAAGUGGAAUGAGUUCCGAGAGCAAGGAGUCAGCCAAAAGGUCCAGAGAACUGGAGAAAAAGCUGCAGGAAGACGCUGAGCGUGAUGCCAGGACGGUCAAGUUGCUGCUCCUAGGUGCAGGUGAAUCUGGGAAAAGUACUAUUGUUAAGCAAAUGAAGAUCAUCCACAAGAACGGCUACAGUGAACAAGAAUGCUUAGAGUUCAAGGCCGUGGUCUACAGCAACACUCUACAGUCCAUCCUCGCCAUUGUAAAAGCCAUGGCCAGCCUCGGCAUUGAGUAUGUGAACCCCAGAAGCACCGAGGACCAGCAGCAGCUGUGGACCAUGGCACAUGCCCAGGAAGAUGGGGUCAUGACGCCUCAACUGGCUGAGGUGAUCAAACGACUGUGGCAAGACCCAGGGAUCCAGGCCUGCUUCGAAAGGGCCUCUGAAUACCAGCUCAACGACUCCGCGGCCUACUACCUUAAUGAUUUAGACAGAAUAGCCGCUCCCAGGUAUGUGCCAAAUGAGCAAGAUGUUCUCCAUUCUCGAGUGAAGACGACCGGGAUCAUUGAAACUCAGUUCUCCUUUAAGGACCUGCAUUUCAGAAUGUUUGAUGUAGGUGGACAGAGAUCAGAGCGGAAGAAGUGGAUUCACUGCUUUGAAGGCGUUACAUGCAUUAUAUUCUGUGCUGCUCUCAGCGCCUAUGACAUGGUCCUGGUCGAAGAUGAAGAAGUGAACAGGAUGCACGAAAGCCUCCACCUGUUCAACAGCAUCUGCAACCACAAGUACUUUGCAUCCACCUCCAUUGUCCUCUUUCUCAACAAGAAAGAUCUCUUUCAGGAAAAAGUAAACAAGGUGCACCUUAGCAUCUGCUUUCCAGAGUACACUGGUCCGAAUACCUUUGAAGAUGCAAGCAACUACAUCAAGAACCAGUUUCUAGACUUGAAUUUGAAGAAAGAAGACAAGGAGAUUUACUGCCACAUGACCUGUGCGACAGACACCCAAAACGUCAAGUUCGUGUUUGAUGCAGUUACGGAUAUAAUUAUCAAAGAAAACCUGAAAGACUGCGGGCUUUUCUAAUCCACCCUUUCCUCCUCUACUCUUGCUUACACGAUCUUUUCAAGAUGCAAAAGAAAGGGUGCUAUGUGGUUAGUUUGAAUAGAUAUUAACUUAUAAAGAACUAUAACUUGCUUUGUAAAAAAAAAAAGGUUCCCCUACAGAAAUUCUAAUGUUAUUAUUACUCGAAACCUGAAAAGUUUCAGUUUCUCCAUCACAAGGAAGACAGAGUCUCUGGGGACACCAGAUCUAAACACUGAUAUCUUUUGGUAACUGCAACAGUAGAUGUUAGCAAUACUGAAUUGUCUUGGAAAUCAACUUCUGUAAGUGGAUUAUUUUUCAUCACAGAUUAAUGAAAAAGCAGAGUAUUGUGUAUCAUUUCCAUAAGCCAGAUAUUGAGAGUCAUUCAUUUUUCUGACAAGGCAACCAUUCACUGUACAGAGUGUUCAUAAUGUCAGUCAUGCCUCAGCUCAGCAGUUACAGAAGAAAUAUGCACUGUACAUAUUCCGGUUGAAGGACAGUUGCAUGUGCAAAAUAAAUAUGUAUGAUUUAUCUGCUUCUGUCUUUAAAGCCAGAGUUACCCUUGGAGUUGCAAUGUUAAUGAUACAUCUUUCCCCACUGUCUUGAAGAGAGAGGAGAAAGUUUAUGGCUAAAUAUACAACAUAGGAAUAAAUUUACCACCUGGAAGAGGUCUUCAAUGAAGAGUCUAUUCACUGCUUUUUAUUCCAUAGUAAUAGGAGGUUUUUCUUUUCUUUUCUUUAUUUUUUUGGUACAGGGAAUCGAACUCAGGUUCUUGAGCUUGUGAGGGAGGCAGCAGAACCACUGAGCUAAAUGCCCAGCCCAGUAGGAGGUUUUAGAUGAUAACUUGAGCUUUUCUAUUUGCACUUAAUGGUAUUUCUAUAUAUUAUAUUUUAAUCUAAUCAUCAGGCCUACUUUUGCAAAUCUAAAUUAUUACUUUAUAAAAGAAUCAUGUAAUUUAUGGGAAUGAGAGGGGAUUUGUGUGUGUGUGUGUGUGUGUGUGUAUAUGUGUGUUUUGUUUUUUGCAGAGUGUCAGCUGUUUCCCAAAUGUGCUCUUCAAGGCUUGGCUCAAUGUCAUUUCAGCUCAACGGCUGUGAGAGGUGAUAUGGUAGACUAUUAGAUCAGUGCAGGCUACUUGUAAUGAUGCUGAAGAGAAAUUUAACUAGAUCUGCAUAAGCUAAGUGAAAUGGAGGGAAUCUAAUAAGCAAAACUGCCAGUCUGCAUUUCUGGUGAGUUGUAGUGCUCUGCCUCUAGACACAGCUUCUUCCUGUGAGUAACACACUUCUAUCCUGAGCAGGUAAGAAUGGCCAUCACUCAGUAAAUAAUUUUGACCAGAAAGCUGGUGGUUUUCUCUCCACAAAUCACAAAAAAAAGGUUAAAAAUACAAUCAAAUGGAAAAUAAAUUACAUUUGACUUUAAAUUCCUUUGUAGAACAUAAAUCAUUAAGGAGCCUAAGACACCCAGCCAUGAAUAGCAUGAGCAAUCAUUGUGUUUAAGCAUCAAGUGAUGUUGUGUGGCUGAGAACGUAUCUCUGCAGGGUAAGAAGCUGGUGUUUCGUGAAGGGACAUUCCUUGUUUUGAGAUUUUAAAUGCAGAUUACAAGUACUAUAAUCUCCUCCCCUGUUUUCUUGUUUUGUUCGCUUUUUGCUACGUUGAAGGUUGAAACCCAGGCCUUCGCAUGCUGGUGCAGUGCUCCACCACCCAACUGCAUCCUGGGUAUCACGGCAGACCUUUUCUCCCUACUGCCCUGUGAUCUGUGUUUUUCCAUCAGUGACAAAAACAUUAUUCGAACUGCUGAUCUGCUUGUUACUUACAUAGUGCCUGAUUUGGUUGUAGACAGGGUCCAUCCUCUUUGUCCAGUCUGGCUUGGAGCUCAAAUCAUGGGGCCCACAGCCCAGGACACCAACCUAGCUCAAGAUUAAUCCUUACUCAGAUUUAAAUGUCAGAUUCCUCUUGAAAAUAUAAAGGGUGGGGUCAAAACGCUGAGCUUACCUUUUAACGCUACAUGAUUCACUUUUGUAAAGUGUACCUGUAAAAAGUGACAAGCGUGUGUAUAUUUUAUGAAAUACUGCACCAUGGGGACUUUAGAAACAAUGUUAAAUGAUCAAACAACAAAAUGCAAAUCAGCUCAGAUUCUCUUAAGAAUCUUUAAAAAAUUUCUUCCAAUCUUAUGAUUCAACAUAAAAGCAUCUUUUUUUCAUAAUCAAAAAUAUUGCCCUGCUAAACAAUAAAUUUUAA